UCCACCAUCCCCGCCAAAUUAAACCCUUGUGUAGAAAUCACCACCUCAAAACUCUCAAUCUAUCUCUCUCUACGAACAGUAGAAGAUGGAGUUUUUCAAUCGGCAAUCCUUCUUCAAUGAUAUCCAAUCGAGAGAACUCAAUGGAUUCCGAGUAUCUGCAGUAAGAAAACGACCGCAUUAUAUGGGGAACGAUUCCCAAGAUUUGGCUCCAAUUGGGGCUGUUGCUGUGGAGCACGACGGUGAUCUGUCACCUCCGAUGGCCCUGUCUUUCUGCAAGACAAAUAAAAAUGCCCAUAUUCUUGCUCUCACCGAUGAGGGGGGUUAUAUUGGACUGUACAAUACAAGGAAGAAGUUCACGGAUUCCUCGCAUUAUGGAGAAAAUGCAGAAAAAGCCAAGGUGUCGGAGUGGGUUGCACACGAUAAUGCCAUAUUUGAUAUUUGUUGGAUCAAGGAUGACACAAAUUUAUUAACAGCCUCAGGAGAUCAAAGUAUUAAGGUAUGGGAUACGCAAGAAAAGAAAUGCAUCAGAGCAUUAAUGGGGCACACGGGAAGCGUGAAGUCCAUUAGUUCCCAUCCCACCAAUCAAGAUCUUGUUGCGUCUGGUUCAAGAGAUGGGUCAUUUGCUCUAUGGGACACAAGGUGCUCCAAUACCUACCAGAAGCUUUUCCUAUCGCCAAUUAGUACUGUCUACGAGGCUCAUCUUUCUUGUGGUCGAAGAAGGCUCAGGCGUCGAAAGGCUGAAUCCAUGAGCAUCACAUCUGUUCUUUAUCUUAAAGAUGAAGUUUCUAUUGCUACGGCUGGAGCAGUUGACAGUGUUAUUAAGUUUUGGGACACAAGGCAUCUCAAAGGUCCAGUUACUCAAGCAUGCCCUCAGUCCGAAUCAACUGCAAAGGAAAAGAGAUUACACGGCAUAUCUAGCUUGUCUCAAGAUUUGAAUGGAGUAUUUAUCACAGCCUCGUGCAUGGAUCACAGAAUAUACAUGUAUAAUGUACUUCAGCUUGAAAGGGGGGCCAUAAAAAGUUUCUCUGGCGGCCGAAUUGAAUCAUUUUUUGUUAAGUCCGUAAUUAGUCCUGAUGCAUCUCAUGUACUCAGUGGUUCCGGUGAUGGAAAUGCCUACAUAUGGCAGGUGCAUGAACCUCAGUCAGAUCCCAUCACUUUGAAAAGCCAUGAUGGAGAAGUCACAGCUGUUGAUUGGUGCCCAUCAGAGAUUGGGAAAGUGGCAACCUGUUCAGAUGAUUUCACAGUCCGUUUCUGGAAUAUCCAAAGCAGUUGUUAUUCAAACACAAGAUCUCCAUCCUCAAUUCGGAAGAGAGUCAUGGCAAUGCCAAGAAUGGAACGUAGAAAGCUGUUUGUGGACGAGGCAUCAUCUAUAAAGAGUGACACUAAAAAUUGGACUUCGAACGUUGUAUCCAAUGUUUGCAUGUCCGGUUCAAGUAGAAUGCAAGAAGUUGGUACCCCUGAAUCCCAGGAAAAAAGGAUUUCAUUUAAUCCUGAUGUAAAAGAAAAUUUAGAUAAAACUCCAGAAGCUAAAAUAAAAAGCCCUUCAUCUGUGCUAAACCCUCCUUCCUCGUUGAAGAGAAAGACAAUCCGAGACUACUUUCUGGUUUCCUGAUUAAGCUUCCUCAUCGAUCUACUUAUUUAUAGUUACUGUAUAGUAUAUGUAUGGAAGAUUAGAUAGUAUUGGACACAAAAUGAGUUGAAAUUUUGUUUUGUUAUACUGUCAACUUAUGCAUGUUGAGUACCAUUUGUGUACCAAACAUGCAUUUAGCGCCUUACAUCAGUGUAUAUUUCAUUGUUGUAUCUACACUUAUCGUUUCCAUUUAUGCUGUUAUUUGUGGUGGUGCAGAUAGAAUUCGAUAAA